AAUAAUUAACGUUGUAAAAUAAACGCAUUUUUAUUAAUAUCGCGUGACGUAACUUAUAUCCUUAAAUCUAUGCCAUAAGCAUGUGUCUGUGUUUGUUUUAAAUUUCGCUCGAUAUUACGAGAUUUAUUGCAGAUGCAAAAUGCCUGCGAGGAGUUGAUACAUCGUCAAAUUUAGAAAAUUUUUCCCAGCCGGUUCGCGGUGAUCCACGCGUUUCACUUGAAGGGGCGUUCGUGAAAUUUUUUAGGUUGACAUUUGUGGUGUGUGAAAAUUUGUAAUUUUGCUCUUAAUUUUCUUGGAAUAAACUUGUCUUACCCGCAUUUUGAUAUUUAAAUAUGUCGAUGCUGUAAGUCCCACAUGAAUUUGUCAAACCCCGCACUUGUGUAAGAAGGAAUGCUGAUCUAUAGUGAAUAUUUAUUGUACAUGGGAUGAACGAGGAGGAUUUGAUAAGAAGAUCAUCCGAAGAGCGGGAAAAAAUAUUCAGACGAUAUGAACGCGGACGAGAAGAGGGCGCCGAAAUUGAUCCGUGGGAGGAUCCGUCGUUUGAGGUGUACCACGCGACAGAUCGCUACGGAUUUAUUCACGAUAAACGCCUGUCAUCCAAAGUGGACCCGCAGGAAGCAAAAAGGAAUCAGAUCGAAUUAGAACGUGUGAAAAAGUGGUUAAAAAUGUUAAAAUCGUGGAACAGUAGUGUGAGUAAAGAGAAAUUACACAAACGUAUAUACAAGGGUAUACCGAACUCGCUUCGGCCCCAAGUUUGGUGUAAACUGCUGAAUUUGGAGAAGAUUAAAAGUGAGAAUAAGGGAACGUACGCGGAAAUGACAAGAUUGGCAAGGUUACAUUCGACCGACGCUCGACAAAUCGAUUCAGAUGUUAAUAGACAAUUUCGCGAACACAUUAUUUAUAGGGAGAGGUAUGGGAUUAAGCAACAAUCUCUAUAUAACGUUUUAACUGCGUAUGCCAUGUAUAAUUCUGAGGUCGGUUAUUGUCAAGGAAUGUCCGGACUCGCCGGCGUUUUAUUAAUGUACAUGGACGAGGAGGAUGCAUUUUGGGCAACCCACGUUUUACUGACGGGCCAGAAAUACAUGAUGCACGGUUUGUACAAGGAAGGCUUCCCGAAGUUAACAAGAUUUUUGGCCCAUCACGAUCGUAUUUUACAUAAGUUUAUGCCCAAGUUAAAGAAACACUUCGACAAGCACGGGCUCGACUCAAUCUUGUACUCGUUGAAAUGGUUUUUUGUCUGUUUUGUCGAACGCGUACCGUUCAGUUUAUGCCUCAGAAUUUGGGACAUAUACUUAUUAGAUGGGGAACGUGUGAUAACCGCAAUGGCUUUUACAAUACUUAAAUUGCAUAAACGUAACAUAACGAAACUUCACGAUAUGGACUCUAUUGUGCACUUUAUACAGGUGAAACUGUACAAAGACUUCAUGUACGACGACGAUACUGUGAUACAAUCGCUAGAAAAAACAAUCGACGAAUUGAAAAGGUCCAAACUGGAUCAUCCCGGUCCGCCGUUAAAAGACGAGAUACCAAGUCGACCGUUUGGCGUUCUAAUGCAGCCGUCUUUCGAACAGAUCGUCGGACGUCGCGCCGAGAAAUUCACCGAAAAGGAGCAGACGACCAACGAGAUCGUUACGAUGAGACGGGAGGAGGCUAGGGACGCUUUGGAGAAAGAGAGUAGAGAGUCCCAGCUAUCGGUUGGAGACUCGUGCGGAUUGGCAGAGGGAGCAAGUGAUUUACUAAGCCUUCAAGAAUUCAUAUGGGAAGACUAUUGUGUCGGCUCCAAGUUUUCCUUCGAUCCCAGUAUCGACGACGCAAGCUCAUUGCUAGACUGCCAACAUACCGGCUCGCGACGCUCCCUAGCGGACACCAGCGUAACCUCGACCGCCGACCUCUCAGUAUUCUCGACCAUCACACGUUCUCAGGCGCACGAAAAUAGCCUGGACACGCAUAGCAAUAUAUCCGAGAGUUCGGUAGGCGCGAUCAGUUCGGUCGGUUCGGGAAUAAUGCAAUCAGGUAGUAUACAAAAGCAACCUCUCAGUUCGCACUCGACACCGAGAGCGACGCCUCACAAUCCCAGUCCGGACGUCGUGCGAAUCUACGUACCUUACUCCCCCACCGACACGCCGACGGUCAGUCCGCAAAACGGCGAUGUUAUACAUAAGUCGCCGCCGACCUCCUUUCCCGAAGGGAAUAAGAUAAGGAUAAGGAUCGACAAUGAUGAUUUUCCCACUCCCCUAGUCGAACACGGGAAAAUCAAGCAUUUCAGAAUCGAACAUCACGAAAUUGAUUUGAAGUAGCAUUAUUUCUUUUUGUGUCGAUAUUGUCUAGGGCUGUGUUGUCCGAACGCAUUUAUUUUUUUUCUCAUUAACGCUUUGGUCAAAGACAGUUGUAAAAUACAAGUGCUCAAGCGGCGAUUUUGCAAAUUUGCUUUUGAGAAAACCCCAUAUCUUAUUAUGUUUGAGCAAAACGGUUGUUCUUCCAUAUCGCAUGCAAAAUUGAAACAUUGCCAAAAGUGAUAAACAUUGGUAUGCGAGUAUACUUCGACUAGUUUUAAAUUGGUAAGUGGAAUUAAACGUCAAGUCUCUGUACGUAAUUUGACAAUAGCCAUAUCGGGACUUAUAUUUUUAGAUCGUACUUGGCAAUUUUUCAUCGAUUUCUCUAGUCUAUUUGGAAGAUUACUAUCGUCAAUUCGGUUUUCUUGCAAGAAAACUUUGUUUUUGAUACUUCUAUUAUUCCAAGAUGGUCAGAUGUAUAUUUUUUGACAUAAGACGACGGUAUUAUUUAUUAAAUUCAUUCCACCUUAGUAUUAUAUUUAUUUUUGCAAUCUAAUAACAGAGGCAGAAUAUCUCUGCAAACAUAUGAAUAAAGUUGUAUAUCUGUGUAAAUGUAAGUAACACUUUUAGUAAUGAAAUCAUUAAAUAGUGCCA